AUGCCGAACAGCAGAUGGGUGAGCCAUGUUCACUUGCUGAUAAGCAAGAAGAGACUAGUCUUAGCGGCGAUGCGUCAUGUAGAGAAGAUCAAUCAGUUCAAGGCGACUCCACUGCGGACGAAGCGUCGCCGCGCCAGGUUCGCGCGAUGCGUUUUCGACUCCGAAGAGGAGAAGGAGUACAUCGAGGAACUGGGCACGCCCACGCACAAACGUUGCGGGAUGACAAGUAAAUGGCACAGCUUCUGGCUCAAGGAGGCGAAGGAACAGCAGCAGGAGUCGCACGGGGCAGCAUGGUGCGCAUCUGGUUAUCACGAAUGCAUGGCACUAAGUAAAGGACUUGAGGAGAGGGAAAGGGAUUUGGCAAAGGCAGCGCCUCUUGAAGAAGACUCGCUUGCUGUGGCCAGAUUGGCAUAG